AUGGACUUUCUCAAGAAAAUUGCGGAUGCCCAAGAAUCAUUAUCGGAAGAUGCAUUGUCACAUCUGAAAACAUACAAAUACUCCAGCGUCGACAAGUCUUUCAUCUCCAGAUAUAUCCUGAAGCACUACUGGAAUGCUUUCGUCGAACUCCUUCCAUUAUGGCUCGCGCCGAAUAUGGUCACGUUGAUCGGUUUCAUGUUUAUAGUUGGCAACCUGAUACUUAUGGAGAUUGCCGUUCCAGAUCUUGUCGGACCGGCUCCAGCAUGGGUAUACUACAGCUUUGCGCUGGGGAUAUGGAUGUAUUCAACAAUGGACAAUGUCGACGGGAAACAAGCGAGGAGAACAGGCACCUCGAGCGGUCUGGGAGAAUUGUUCGAUCACGGGAUUGACUCCUUGAAUUGUACCCUAGCCAGUCUUCUGCAGGCUGCAGCGAUGGGUCAGGGCUCCACGAAGAUCGGGGCCUUUACUACGCUUCUCCCCUGCCUCCCUAUGUUCUUUUCGACUUGGGAGACCUACCACACCCACACCCUGUAUCUUGGAUAUAUCAAUGGUCCGACCGAAGGGUUAAUCAUCGCAGUCAUGAUGAUGGUAGCGUCAGGUUACUACGGGCCUCACAUCUUUUCAAACAAAGUAGCAGAUACUUUAGGCCAUGCAAAUGUGUUCGGGAAUUGGACUUUCCAGGAGCUUUUCGUCUUUGUUCUCGGAUUUUCGUUUUGGACUGCGCACUUCCCCGCAUGCGUCUACAAUGUGAUACGCGUCCGUAAACGCCAGAAACAACCUGUUCUACCCGUAUUCUUCGGAUGGAUACCCGCCACCGUUGCGUCCGUAUCCGCCGUGUCUUGGCUAUAUUCGCCUUACUCGUCCCUUCUGAAGGACAACAGACUCGUCCUCUUCGCUGUCACAAUGUGCUUCGUGAUUGGGCGUAUGACGACCAAAAUCAUCCUGGCACAUCUCACCAGACAGCCAUUUCCCUACUGGACAAUACUUAUAACUCCUCUCAUAGGCGGUGCCGUGUUAGGGAACCUGCCGCGAUUUGGGUUUCCUGCGAUUAGCCCGUGGUUGGAACUGUUAUACUUGCGCCUGUACCUGGUGUUUGCUUUUGUCACGUACAUGCAUUGGGCAUACUUUGUCGUCAACAGAAUCACGACUUACCUGGGCAUCAACUGUCUAACCAUUAAACAAGAUAAGCCGAAGGCUAGGGAGCCUAUCUACCGUUCAUUCGGUGAUGCACGUGUCGACAUCCCCUUCAAUGCUAGGCCUGACCCUUUCGCAGAUUCAAGGGUCAAGGCCAACUAG